CAUGGGGUGGGUGGGUGAUGCUGCUCUUGCCCCCCCUUCCCUGGUGAGGGAGGGUCUCACCUCCUUGGAAAGGAGAGAGGGGAUGGCAUAAGACCCGGCUCCCCUAAAUAGAUCGUCCUGUUUGGGAAGAGGACCCCGGGAGCCCUUCCUGCACCUCGUCUUCUCCUCUUGGCUUCUGUGAUCUUGCUAUGGGAGAGGUGCUGCCUUCUGCCGUCCUGGAACUCUGUGUCUUGGUUGGAGUCCCCCGAGAGAAGGCGAAAGAAGUUUACCAGGUUGCUCGGAAGACAGACGCGAGAAGCGUUCCUCAGCUGGAACCAGAAGUUCUUUCUGUUUUUGUGCCUCCAUUUAUCAGCAAGGAGGAAUUAAAAGCAACAAAUAUCAAUAAUAAUGCUUUCAGAAAAACAAAUCGCCGUUCCUUUCGAAGAAAGAAAGAGAAAUCGAAGAUUGAAAAUACAAGGACUUCAAAUGGAGCCCAGAAUCCUCCUGAGACUGAAGAUGUUACUGUCCCUAAGGAUGUUGACCUUAAUGGAUUGCCACAGCUUUGUUUUCCAGGAGGAUUUUACAUAACGUCUGAAUCUAGGGAGGACCAAUUUCAUUUUCUUGUUUUCACUGAUGUCUGUGGUAACAGAACAUACGGCGUUGUUGCACAUUAUUACCAGCCUAUGCAGGAUGGGCACAUCACUUCCAAUGGGCAGGUCCAUUGGGAAGCUGUGCAGACCCUUAGAGCCACUCCAUAUUUCGUACCAUUUGCUGUCUGUGUCAUAUCCAGAUAUCCUUACUAUAGUGCUCUCAAAGACUGUCUGUCUUGUUUAUUGGUGCAGUUGAAACCUUACAAAGAUUUAGAUGUCAAUGACCAUAUAAAAGAAUUUGCAGCAAAACUGUCUUUGAUACCCAGUCCUCCUCCAGGACCACUCCACUUGGUAUUUAAUAUGAAGCCUAUCCAAGUGAUAUUUCCAUCUCAGGAAGAUCCUGAUAGUCCAAUUGUUGAUUUGGAUCUACACCUUCCCUUCCUUUGUUUUAAACCAGAGCAGGUUUUACAGAUAAUAACUUGCAUUUUGACUGAGCGGAAGAUUGUUUUCUUCUCUUCUGAUUGGGCGUUGCUAACACUAAUAUCCGAAUGCUUCAUGCUGUACGUGCAUCCUAUUCAGUGGCAACAUACUUUUGUGCCAAUUCUGUCUCGUCAGAUGUUGGAUUUUGUAAUGGCACCGACGUCUUUCCUCAUGGGGUGCCACGUGGAUCACUUCGAUGAAGUUUGCAAGGAGGCAGAUGAUUUAAUUCUAAUUAACAUUGACAAUGGGGACAUUGCACAAUCUAAGUCCUCUGAAGAGGAGACUGAAAUUCCAGACAUCCCACUAGAAGCAGGAAGAAAGUUUAUAACAAGAGCUGAAAAUCUUUCCCUGCACUAUGAUCUAGAACUCUGCCAUCUCAGUUCCUGCAUAGACCUUGGUGAAGUACAGUUGCAUAGAAGGAACUGGCAGCGGAGGCUGAAUGCAGAAAUUCAGCAGAUUACUCUUCAGUUAAUAGUCAAUAUCUUCAGGGAGGUGAAAGACCAUUUGAAUUAUGAGCACAGAGUAUUUAAUAGUGAAGAAUUCAUGAAAACAAGAGCAAUAGGUGAUCAGCUGUUUUACAGAAAGGUGUUGGAGACCUAUAUGUUUCACUCCUUUCUUAAAGCCCGCCUUAACAGGAAGAUGGAUGCUUUUGCUCGCCUAGAGCUGAGCACUCAAACUGAAGAAGACAGGUUUGGUUCAAUGCUUGAUAGCCCCAGGAGACUGACCAUGGAGAAAAUGGUUUCAAAAGGAUUUAAUCCUCAGCAUAUGAUCAGCAAGCGUAUGGGAAUGAGUAUGCCUAAUCUACAAGAUAUUGCGCCCAGAGGUGGUCCAACGAGGAGUUCGUCCCAUCGAAGUAUAAAGACUAAGCAUGUGAUUAAACCAAUGGCUAAGCCAGUGAGCACUUUCAAGAUUCCCGAAAUUCACUUUCCUCUAUUGAACCAGUGUGUUCAAUCCUACUAUAUGGAUUUUGUGAACCAUCUCAGCAGAGCGAUAAAUAUUGUGUCUCCCGAAAACUCUGCACUUCUUGCAAGAUAUUUCUACCUCCGUGGACUUAUUGCUCUGAUGCAAGGAAAACUUCUCAAUGCACUUUCAGACUUCCAGAAUCUGUACAAGACAGACAUAAGGAUAUUCCCUACUGACCUUGUGAGGAAAAUGGUGGAAACACUUGCCCCCGUUGAUCGUUCCCAAGCAGAACAGAAGCCAGAACUGAAGAGGUUGAUAAGCCAAGUGCUGGAUAAGCAAAGGGAAAUAACUAAAGUGGAUGACCAUGUGAAAAAAUUUGAAUUGCCCAAGACUCACAUGCAGCUAGAUGAUUUUGUGAAGCGCAUUCAAGAAUCCGGCAUUGUUAAAGAUAUAGACACUAUACAUCGGCUAUUUGAUGCUCUAACAGUAGGACAACAGAAACAAAUAGACCCGGAAACAUUUAAAGACUUCUACAAUUAUUGGAAAGAAACAGAAGCGGAGGCUCAAGAAGUAAACCUGCCACCCAGUGUGAUAGAACAGUUAGACAAAAAUGAAUGUGUCUACAAAUUAUCGAGCUCCGUUAAAACCAACAAAGGAGUUGGGAAAAUAGCAAUGACUCAAAAGCGCUUGUUCCUUUUGACUGAAGGAGGACGGCCUGGUUAUGAAGAAAUCACCACUUUUAGAGAUAUAGAAGACGUGAAGAGCACUACAGUCACUUUUCUUCUUCUCAGGAUUCCCACUCUGAAGAUAAAGACGGUGUCCAAAAAGGAAGUUUUUGAAGCAAACCUUAAAUCUGAGUGUGAUCUUUGGUACUUGAUGGUGAAAGAGAUGUGGGCCGGGAAAAAGAUGGCUGAUGAUUACAAGGAUCCUCAAUAUAUUCAGCAAGCACUUACCAAUGUCCUCCUAAUGGAUGCCGUAGUGGGUGCCUUGCAGUCUUCCAAAAUAAUUUAUGCUGCUUCAAAACUAUCUUAUUUUGACAAGAUGAGAAAUGAAGUGCCCAUGAGGGUCCCCAAAACAACAGCAGAAACACUGAAACACAAGAUCAACCCGUCAGCUGGUGAAACGUUUCCACAGGCCGUGGAAGUCUUGCUUUAUACACCAGGACAACUUGAUCCAUCAGAAAAGCAUGGUGAUGCCCAUCCAAAAUUAUGGUGUGCUUUAAAUGACGGGAAGGUUGUGGUGUUUGAUGCGUCUACGUGGUCCAUACAACACUGUUUUAAAGUGGGGAGCUGUAAACUGAAAUGUAUGGUAAUGGCAGAGCAAAGUCAGGUCUGGAUCGGUUCUCAAGAUUCUAUCAUCUAUUUAAUCAAUACCCACAGCAUGUCUUGUAAUAAGCAGCUGAACGACCAUCGGUCUGAAGUUGUGGACAUCAUCUUGGAAAACAAAGAGAGUGUGUCCAGUGAGGCAUACUCAUGCAGUUUAGAUGGGACAGUGAUUGCGUGGAGUGUCAGCACCUUGAAAGUCAACCGCCGAUUUCAGCUGCCCUGUGACAUUUUAACUGCUAUCAAAUUCCACAAUAACCGACUUUGGUGCUGUAUAGGCAGCUGUAUCCUUGUAGUCACCACAAACGGGUCCAUUCGGCAGAAGAUAGAAAUGGAAGACAAUGUCAGUGUGUCCUUGCGCUGCUUCCAGAUGUUCCCCGAGAAAGAUCAAGUCUGGGCAUCUUGCUCUAACAGCACUGAACUGUUUAUCUGGAAUAUGACUGAGCCCUCUGCAGCUGUGCAAAAGAUAAACCUACAGGACUGUUCAGAGAUCACAUGCAUGAUGAAAGUAAAAGACCAGAUGUGGCUUGGUGGCAGAGGACUUUCCCAAGGCAAAAUCAAAGGGAAAAUCUAUGUGAUUGAUGCAGAGAAGAAGACGGUGGAAAAAGAACUGGUUGGACACAGCGAUACUGUGAAAGCUCUGUGCUCCGCGGAGAACAGAUAUGUUCUUAGUGGCUCUGGGAAGGAGGAAGGGAAGGUCGCGAUCUGGAAGGUUGAAUAGAGAUCAGGGUCCCAGUGCAUUCAUUCAAUAUCAGCUGGGAUUUUGUAAGCUUCCAUCUGGUGUAUUUUUCUUCUAGGUCCCUAACUUAUUAGGCCACUUUUCUGAGAAAGUAUAUUGUUAUAUUUUUUUGGAAGCAGCAUUAUGUGUAUUUCUGUUUAUAUCUGAUCGUUCUGGCUAUGGACUGGACACUGAAUGGGGAAGCUGGUUGGAAGUCACUGGAUAAUUCUUAAUACUAAAAUAUGAAUGUCACUUUACGUUACUACUUUCACGGAUGCCGAAUGAACAAGUGCACCUUGCUUAGACUCGACAGCCUGGUUUAAGAGUUAUAUUUCUGUGCUUCCAGAAACAGAGACGCCUUUAGCUAAUAGUGCAGUUUGUUGGGCAAAAUUUGUUAAAAUUGCAUUGCUUAAUUUUGUUUAAAAGAGGAACACUGUCUUUAGAUCCCACUUGAAGUUUUAAAUAAGGCAAAUUGUUACAGACACGGUCUCCUCAAACUUAUUGUUAUUGUGAUCCCAGGCCUCGUACAUGGUCUGGGUGGCAUCUGGCGCUUCUGUACGAGUGGUUUCUCCAUUCAGAACUAAUGGGGACGCUGUUGCUUAAAAGGAACCUAUCCACACAUAAGAUGAAGGAUUUACCUGUUUCUAAAUGGUGUUAUAUUCUCUAUUAGCACUGGUGCAGUGAAGUAAUGUCUUUUUUCCCAAGGAUUUAGGUUACUUGUUUUUUUAAAAAAGCUGCUAUUACAAAUGCCAAGCAGGUAGUCUUCUCAGGUGCCUAGAAGUAGGACUAUUAUCGUAAUGGUUCUAUGUGUUCCAGUUAGAUGGAACAAAGUAUAUAUUAGAGCUUUAUUUUUAAAGUGCUUCCAUUCCCUGAACUAAUGCUCUUGUGUUCUGGUUUUUAAGAGCUCAGGCAUGUUUCCAAAUGCUGGUGUAUAGUAAAUAGGCUUCUGCUGUUUUCCCUUUGUUAUAUAUUUUCUUCCAGUAUCUGUAGUUAAAAAUGUUCCCUCACCUCACCCCACAUUGAGUCUGUACAGCUAAAAUUCUAAUGAAUUCUUCCUAAUGAAUUUCCUUUCAGAAUUCCAGGUAACGAUGUUGUGACCUAAAGGGACUUCUGCUGUGUCAUAUUGGGACAGGGUGUUGAAUAGUACAGUACUAUAAAACAUUGUAAAUAUGUAAGCCUUCUUUGCUCUUUUGUAAUAAAACUUGUUGGAUAUCAGUAUGAUAAAUCAGCACAAAUAGUUGUAAGCAACUUCAAUUAUGCAUUUUGUAUGUAAUGGAAAGAAAGACUUUGGUCUUUUGAUAAAAUCAUGUUCCUUGGAAGCAGCUGAAA